GGUGGUCAUAUUUUGAGGUUAAUAAAUGUUCACUCAUACCAGUCUUGUGUUCUUACAUUCGCAUCGUAGAAAUAAUGAUAAUUUAUUAAUGAUGAAUAAUUUAACUGAAUUACAUCACAACAAACUGAUUACAUCAUUCACCAAUUCUAAUCCAAAUAAUACUAAUUCUGUUUAUAUCUUUAUACAAGAUUUAUCACAUUUGAAUCUAUUAUGUAAUCAACAAUUUCAUCAUUAUAAAAAUUCAUUAUAUAAAGUACCAUUGAAUUGUAUAUGGAAUAAUCCAAGAAGUAAAUUAUCAUCAUGGGCAUCAUCAUCAUCAUCAGCAGCAGCAUCAUCAUCAUUAUCAUCCAUUAGAUUACGAUCUAAAAUUAAAAAAUUCUUAUUAUUCAAUGAAAAUUUAAUGAAAUUUAUCAUAAAUUAUGCACAGUUCAAUCAUGUGAAUAUUGUCAAGUUUUAUGGUUUAAGUAUAAUAGAUAGAUCAAUGAAAUAUUCUUCAUAUUCAAUAAUUACAGAGUUCUGUAUCAAUGGAUCACUGGAUAUGUAUUUGAAAAGUGUAAGUUAUUAUUAUUAUUAGUAUUAUUAUUCGAUGUCGGGUCAUUGGUCUAGUUGGUUAAGCGUCUGGCGCGAGACUGAUAGGUCCUGGGUUCGAAUCUCGUGGGGGGCGGGGUCUGGGAUGCGCACUGCUGAGGAGUCCCGUGCUAGGACGAAACUGCUGUCCGGUGCUUCCAGGUUCUCCAUGGUGUUCUAGCUUCAAUUGACUCGUGAUUUCAACCAGUGAAAUUUCUAAAAUCUCCACAAUACCCAUUCUGAUUAUUAUUAGUUGUAAUAUGUAUUUUGUGUUUGAUGAAUGAUCUACAUUAAAGUUAUGAUUAAUGAUGUAAUCACUAUGAGGAAAUCAAUAUUUAGGAGACGCAAACACUAAGAUUUAUAUGAUGCUGCUAGAUUUGAAGCAGUUACGAGUUCACUUAGUCUGCGAACGAAACAAUGACUUGUGAUUAAAGAUCAAUAAACUAGCUAUUCUAUUGAGUCCAAGCCCCGCUAACUAGAAACAGAAGUCGAAGUGUGAACGGGGAAGUAUAUUCCCACAAAAAGCCAUAAGCACCAGAUAUGACAACAGACACAAAUCAAAACGUAUAUAUACAGCACAAAACUGUCCUUGAGAAGAGUUACAAAAUAGUAUACUAAAAGACACAACGGACCAAUAGCGUCUAAGAUUCUCCCAAGUGGAAAAUACGACAUGAAGGUGAAAAGAGCGCUUUUGUUGCGAAAACAAAGAAAUUCAAAUUUUCUAAAUAAAAUUACAAAAUUAGGAACUUUUCCAAGUGAGAUCUGGAGAUCUAACGUCCCCAAUAAUGUAUUACCAGUCAAGAGUGAAAUACCUGGCGGUAGAAGGUUAUGAAGAUCAUAGAAAGGAGAACGAGAACAAAAAAGAUUGAUAUGGAGACCAAAAAACAAUGAAGUUUGAGACGAUUGACUGAUAUUUGCAAAUGGAACAGUCAAGUUUGAUACAUUUGUUUGAUAUUAUGCGAAUGAAAUAUUUACUGUAUUGUUCUCAGAUUUUUGUGUAAUAUUGUAUUCAAAUACAUUCGAUUGUCCUCACUAUAAUACUUUGUUUUGAUAUUAUCCGAAGCAAAGAUAGUUCACCUAUUAAACGCAAUGAUUUUUAUCAGAAGGGGUUUUGUGGAGAUUUUAAUAAUUUCAAUAAUUGAAAUCAUAAUUCUAUUGGGGCUAGACCAGUGACCAGCGGAGUUCAACCAGGUCUGUUGUGAGAUAUCAACUCACUGAAGACAAUGGUGUACGGUGGCGCAAUUUCGUGGAUUGGUUGAAGCUAGACAUUAACACCAUUGGAUGUAAUGGUUAAGCACUUGCGCGCUUGGGUUUGAAUCUCGCGGGGUGCGGGAUCGUGGAUGCGCACUGCUGAGGAGUCUCAUACUAGAAUGAAACGGACGUCCAGUGCUUCCAGGUUUUCCAUAGUGAUCUAGCUUCAAUUGACAAUGAUUUAUAUUAUUAUGUUUUAUGUCCAAUUUCUAUAGAGUAUAUCUUCUAUCUAAAGAUAACUAUUCCUAAAAAGGAAGCCUAAACGACAACAUUUCAAAUGACAAGUCAUACUAGAUCAUAUUAUGAUCAAUUAAGAAGAGCAAAUAAAAAGCAUUAAAAGCAUAGGACGAAAAAAAUCUGUCUAGUUAGAAAAAUAUUUGCGCCCAUUGACUUUAAACAUACAAUUCAUUAAUAAGCAUCAUAUGACAACUAGAAGUUUGGUAAUGCACACAAGUCUUAUCUAAACAAUGUAUUAUUUUUAGCACAUCAUUCAGUGUAUGUCAAUUGUCAGUUAUGUAAUACUUUUAAUUUUAAAAACAAUUUCAAUGGAUAUAUGACAAAAGCUAAUUCUGAAAGAUUCUUAUCAUCUAUACUAAAUUACCGUAUGUACUGUACCAACAUACAUCCGUACAUAUAUGCAUACAUAUAUACAUAGUGAAAAAGUGACUGAAUUUCGAAAAAGAAAACAUCACUAUGCAUUUAUAUGUAUGUUAUAUUUGUAAUGAAUUUCAAUACAUUCUUUUAGUCUACUAUCAGUUUAUUCUUUCUGAUAAACAGUAAUAGUUUUCUAGUAGUACUGUGGUGUGGGUUACUUAUAUCCACACAAGUAGUAAUAUAACAGUGGUCAGGCAUAGAAUGUAUUUCAGUAGGUCGAUGAGGAAAGAACGGGAACGAAAAGCAAUUGGUGUGAAAAUGCAUGAAACAAUGAAAUCGGAGACAAUGGAUUGAUGUUUGCAACAGGAACAGUGGAGUUUGAGAUGAUGGAUUGAUAUUUUGCAAAUUAACUAUUUACUAUAUGGUUCUAAGAUUUUAGUGAGAUGCUCUGUAAUGUUGUGCUCAUAUACAUGCUAUUGCUCCCACUGGUGUUCUUGUUCACUACAGUACUAUAUUCUAUUAACUAGAUGAUUUGAUUGUAAGACUUUCAUUGCCGUUCUAAGCAAUGUCAUCAAUCCAUUACUUCAAGUAUAAAUCAUCUACAUGAUAUUAUUAUUAUUACACAAUAAAGCACUCAGUCAUUUCAUUCAAAUAAUUUGUUUAUUGAUUUAGACAAAGAUGGAUUGUGGAUAAAAGUGAAAUCCAGGACACGUGCCUCGUCCGAUUUGGAACUCGUCAGCUGGAUGUACAUGCAUCCUGGAGUUGAUGUUCACUCUGAGACUCGAACACAUUGCCGUUCGCUUCAAACGCCAUUGCAUUAUCCACUUAGCUACUGAGUCCUGACAGCCACCUGGUUGUGCAAUGGGGUGAUCUUUAAAUUCACUUGGUGUUGUUCGCUCGUAUCUUCCCGUUGUUAUUUAAAACUGUAAUUGAUCAGUCUCUUGUUGGCAUAUGAAUCAGCUUAUAUGUUAAGUGAAAUCCUAAGAUCCAUGGUCAGAAUAAAUAUGGGUCAGAUAGAGUGAGAGAAAUAACAGUACAAUUACAAUUCGAGCAAGUAUUUAAUCGAAGACUACAUUGUGUAAGCAACUAUUAGUAAGACACAAUACGUUGAGAUGAAUGCGAAGUGAACGAAUCAUGAUGUUGAACCAAAAAUAAUAAUAAUACAAGGAUUUAUGAAUAAAGAUAACAGAGACGAUCACAUUUAACUACGAAAGGUCGUAAAUACAAUAGUUAAAGUAGGUCAUUCAAUAACUAAGAUUACUAUUGAUUAAUUAGCAUUGAUGUUGAUGAAGGGAGGGGAAGUAGUUGAACAUAUUUCUUCCAGGUUUUAAAUGAUGGUCUAACACUGAUCAGUUCAUGAUCUUAAUUAAUAGGACGAAACGGUCGUCCAGUGCUUCCAGGUUUUCCAUGGUGUUCUAGCUUCAAUUGACUCAUAUCAACCAUAGAAAUUACUACAAUCUCUACAAAACCCCUUCUGAUACUAAUCAACAUAUGCUCACUAGUGACUAGCUUCAAGAAGUAUAUCCUGCAGUUCUAAUGGGAAGCAGUGACCAGUGGAGUUCAACUGGGUUAUUUGUGAGGUAGUAACUCACUGAUGACAAUGGCGGAUAUAUCGCUCAAUUUCAUGGGUUAGCUGAAGUUAGACAUUAACACCGUUGGAUGCUGGCUCAGUGGUCUAAUGGUUAGGCGCUCACGCGAGAGACUGAUAGGUCCUGGGUUCGAAUCUCGAGACGUGGGAUCGUGGGUGAGCACUGUUGAAGAGUCCCAUACUGGGACGAAACGAUCAUCCAGUGCUUCCAGGUUUCUCAUGGUGAUCUAGCUUCAAUUGACUCAUGAUUUCAACUAUCGAAAUUAAUAAUUAAAUUUUAG